GGAUUUUCCGUCGGUCCUGCAUCUUUUCUAUUGCUCAAUAGUCGCCCUGCUGUCCUAUGUUCUUGUCCCUAGCCAACCCGUUCGUCCAUCGCUGAUUAGCAGUGAGACUGCAAUUUUAUUUAUUUCUACCAUUUUCUCUAGAGCGUGCUUUAUCUUUAACUUCAAGAUUAGAAAUUGAGAGAGUAUACAAACAAUGUCUAACACCGGCGCACUCCCACCUCCCCCUGAUGGCGGAUUUCACGCCUGGGCCCAAGUGGUCUCCGGCCACUUGGUGGUUGCGGUGACAUGGGGCUAUGCAGCCAGCUUCGGCGUCUUCCAGGAUCAUUAUAAUGCCUCUCUACCGCAAACCUCGUCCGAUAUUUCGUGGAUCGGCGGCUUCCAGGUCUUCUGUCUCCUGUUUAUUUCCCCUCUCUCCGGUCGUGCGACUGAUGCCGGACAAGCUCGACUUGUCGUCAGUAUUGGUGCAUUUUUGCUAUUACUUGGGACUUUUAUGACCAGUCUAGCGACAGUCUAUUGGCAGUUGUUUCUCUCCCAGGGGCUCUGCAUUGGUAUUGGUCAGGGUCUUAUGUGGUUGCCUAGUGUGACACUCCUGUCCACGUACUUUGUCCGACGCCGUGUGUUCGCCGUCACGGCUGCUGCCACCGGAACCAGUACCGGGGGAAUUAUCUUCCCGGCCAUGAUUCAGUUCCUGUCUCCAGAAAUUGGCUUUCCGUGGGCUGUACGGUGCAUGGGUUUAGUCGUCUUUGUCAUGCUUCUGAUUAUCCUUGCCCUACUACGUCCUCGACUGCCGCCACGCAAGUCGGGUCCUCUGAUUGAAUGGGGAGCAUUCACUGAGCCAGCUUAUAUGCUCUUCACUCUAGGGGUCUUUCUUCUCUACUGGACCCUCUACUUUGCGUUCUUCUAUAUUCAAGUGUACGCAACCGACGAACUAGGGCUUUCUGCACGUGCAGGCGUAAACCUAGUUAUCGUGAUUAAUGCAUGCGGAAUCCCAAUCCGUGCGCCCUGUGGAUAUCUCGCGGAUCGGUAUACAGGGCCGCUAAACUGCUUGAUUCCGUGGGUCGGCAUAUGUGGGGUUUUGAUGUUCUGUUGGGCGGGCGUCCACAAUGUGGCUGGCUUGUAUAUCUUCGCGGUGUUCUAUGGUCUUGCUUCCGCGGCAGCCAUGGGUCUCUUUGCUGGCACGGUGCCGUCUUUGACGAAGGACCUGGAUAAGAUUGGCACCCGGGUCGGGAUGGCACUUGCCAUGAUGAGCUUUGGACCCUUGACGGGACCUUCGGUGGCGGGGGCUUUGAUUGCGCACUCCGGAGAUGAUGAUUAUUUGCCCGCACAACUCUGGGCCGGAGCUGCUCUGAUGGUUGGGGCGUUGUCCUUGGUAGGGGCCCGUCUCAUUAUCACAGGUCCUCGCUUUCUAGUCAGGGUUUGACAGUCCGUGUUAAAAUCCAAGUAUGUGUUUAUUUGUUUUCAUUUCUAUCGUGUUAUCGUAGCUACACCUCCUUCCGUGACCCCUAAUACCUGUUGCGAAUGUCUCGGUGGAUUUUUCGAGCUGAAGCUGGAACUUAUGUUAAUAGAUAGAUGGAAGGCUGCUAUUCUGACAGUAACGCAUCUGGACCCUGGCAAAUAUUGAGGUCGCAAUCACAAGUUCACAACUACUAGCUUCCAAGACAGAAUACAGAUCAGCC